GACCGUCUCAUUGGGCUCGCAAUGCUAAUCGUGGCAUCCGCAGUCUUUCUCUAUUACUCCGUCUGGACGCUGUUCAUGCCAUUUGUUGACGAAGACCACCCAUUGCAUUCCCUCUUCCCACCACGCGUAUGGGCGAUCCGUAUACCCGUUAUUCUGAUUCUGCUUGGUUCCGCGAUCGUAGGCUCGUUCUUGAGCAUUGUCAUGAUAAGGAGCAAUCGGAAGAAGGCAUUGAAGGCGGCGAAGGCCAAAAAGGCUUCAUGA